UUAAGAAACCCUAGAAACAGUUCAGCCUCCUUCAGAAAAACAAAACAAAAAAAAGUUCAGCCUCCUUCUCUCCGUUUGAUCUAGAUGUAUAAUUCUAGGGUUACGGUCUCAGAUUGUGCACUAAAGAUGGGUAAGUCAACGUCCGGCGGUGGCGAUUCAUCAUCUCUCCUUAUGCCUGGGGUUAAAUCAGAUGAUCGAUCUAGAGAGAGGAAACCCCGCAAAAUCAGAUGUCCUGCUAUCGCUAAAACACCAGAUGAACUUGAGGCAUCCUUCAUACAACUAUACGCUGCUUACAGCGAAGCAGCAGCUCAUAAUAAGGAGGAGGGUGAAUUCGCUGAUUGUGAAAAGAAACUUAUUGAGGUAAUCAGAGGUUUUAGAAAUCUCAAAAUAGUUUAUAGUAAUGUUCGUCAAUUUUUUCGUCAGGUUUUAGAUCUUAAGAAGGCUGUUCCAUUGAUGAUUGAUUUAUUGAAAUAUGAUAAAUGCGGGAAGCGUUUAGCUAGUUGUAUUCUUAUUACUUUCGAAGAGCUAACUCAUGUGGCAUUUCAAGUUCCUAGUCAAGAGAUACAAGUUGGCAAAUUGGUUAAAUCUCUAGUUGAAAUGGAAGCCUUGGAAGUAUUUGUUUCUACUCUUGGUAAGAUUUCUGAAGACGAUGAUUUACGAGCAGUACAAACUAUUGCGCAGAUGAUUUUUCAAGGAAGAGCAGCUGUAGCAAAAACCGCGAGCAGUUCCAGGGAACUGAUUAUUUGGGUAUCAGCAGCAAUAAGAGAAUAUCCGGACAACAAAGUGCAUUUUGUCAAUGCUGGAGGAAUCGAGGCAAUGAUUAAACUUUUACAGGACGGGCAGAAAUUGGGUGAUUAUAUUUAUGGAUCUGCGAUUGUGGCACUUGAUAUAGUGAAAGAUUGUCUUGCUGCUUCUGACAAGUUUGAGAAUGAUGAUUUGGAAUUGGGCAUUGCAAUAUUCCCUGCUUCCAUGGAUAUGGUAAGUCUCUUAAAUUUAUUACAUGUCUGAAGAAUUCUUUUAAGU